AGGAGUAUUAGUCUAUCCCUGCAGUCUUCUCACUUUACUAGCUUACUUAAGUCUUGUUCCCCUGGCGUUUUGUCUUCCCCAAUCUCUACUCCACAGAUAAAAGAAAAAAUCUUCAUCACCCACUUUGAUUUUAUGAUCUGGGUUUUCUUCCUUUUUUCCCCUAAGUACUGAAAUUCGAAGGAUUAAGAAUCUGGUUAUCGGCACUCUAUAAUGGUUCUUUGAGGGAAAUCUGCUUCAAUAUAUUAUUCUUUCUUGGUGUUUAAGGAUGCUCUCUUCAUGAUCAAGAGUAGUAAGAAGACACUAAUUUGAGAUAGAAAUUUAGGCCAAUAAAGUUUUCCUUUGAAGUUUGGAAUGGGUAGAGGGAGAGGGAAGGGGAAGAAACUCAACCAUCAUGAAGAUCUCGGAAGCGGCGGGGAGGAGAAGAAGCAACCGGUUAGAAAAAGAGGGCGACCGGUUAAACCAGCAAAGGAAGAGGAUGAUGAUGAGAUUGAGAAUGACACUAAGGUUGCAGAAGGUUUAGAGGAUGGUGGUGGCAAUGCCAAAGGUGACACCACCAUAUUGAGCAAAGACACCGGAGAUGGAAACGCGGGGCCCACCGAUUUGAAGAGAGUGGCCGUGGCCGGGUACAGACAAAACGGGAGCCGAAGGAAAAACAAACCGAGGCGCGCAGCCGAGGUCGGUGUUGAGUGCAGAUGAUCAAUCUUUCUCUUGGAAAAUCCCUAUCUUGACACCAUUAAACAAUGACUGUUUGUCCAUGCUUAUGACACAAUGGAUGGUGUCAAACUUGUUGUCACUCUGAAAUGGUCCACAUUUGUUUUCUAUGUUCUUCAGAUGCUUUCAAUUUUGGGAACUUCAUUUAAGGA